CAGGAAGAAGUCCUAUGUCAGGGUUUGGGAUGUAGACAUGAAUGUAGGAGUGGGAGGUUGUGCAUGUAUGUAUGUGAAGACCCCUCAGCUGGCACCAGUCUUUAGUGAUAUGGAUUAGAACAUUCAUACAGUCCUGGUGGCUUCACUGUCUUCUUUUACUGGUAGGCAAGAUCUAAAUAGGAUUUCUGAGGAAGGGAGAUUUUCUUUUAAACAUGCCAGAAAUGUUGGAGUUGGAAGCAGAGCAGAAAAAGGGACAAAGCUGUGCAGAUAGAGAAACCUUGGCCUGGCAUUCAGUUCUGCUGCAUGUGAUGUAAUCCUCAACCACUCCAACUAGUCGGCUCGUUCCUCUCAUUCCUAAAGUUGACUUAAUACUGAAGUUUGUUCUCCUAAAGAUUCGCCUCAUUAGAUGAGAUCCUGACUGACAGAACAGGCUCCUCCAGUGUUUUCAAGCAGCUAAUAAAAGAUAUCGUUCAUAGCGAAUCGCAUAAUAUAUCAUGAUUUUAUUUUAAUUUCUAAUACCCCAUAAAGCUUGUAAACUCACACAUGAAUGCAUUCUGAUGAGCUGUUGAUUCUGACACCAAAGAAAUCUGAUCAUUUACCAGGUUUUGUCUUCGAUGGGCUCGCGGAGUGCUUCCAAAGAAAAGCAGUAACAAAACUACAGAAUCAAACCCAACAGGUGUGGCCAGUGGGCGGAGCUACAUGAUGAGUGGAAUUCUAAAGAGGAAACUUGAUGAGGGCCCCUCCUCCUGCUUGUCGCUGCAGGGGUCGGAUGAUGAUGAGGUUUCCUGCAGCGAUAGCGGCAACAGCAGCGACAGUCUGAAUCAUUCCGCCCCCUCGGGAAUUCUGGAGCCUUCUCCCCAGCAGCCAUCAAAGCGACUCCGUGGCCGUAACGUGCACUUCGAGAGCGUGACAGUGUACUACUUCACCCGGAGGCAGGGCUUCACCACGGUGCCCACACAAGGUGGCAGCACCCUGGGGAUGUCACCUCGUCACAGUGGCGUCAGGCGCUUCACUCUGAGGGAGUUUGCCAUGGAGCAGAAACUGAGCCAUCGGAACAUGCUGCGGGAUCAUCUCAAAGAGGAGAAACUCAAUGCUAUAAGACUCAAAUUGACUAAAAAUGGCACCAUGUCGUCCUUGGAGGCGGACACUCUCACACUUGACGACAUCUCAGAAGACGAUCUGGACGUGGACAACACAGAGGUGGACGAUUACUUCUUCCUCCAGCCUUUGACAACCAGGAGGCGUCGCGCACUUCUACGUGCCUCAGGGGUCCGUCGCAUAGAUGUAGAUGAGAAGCAUGAGCUGCGCAUCCUGAGGAUGUCUAGAGAGGAGUGUGGGUGUCGCUGCCGGGGGAUUUGUGACCCAGAGAGUUGUGCUUGCAGCCUGGCCGGCAUUAAGUGCCAGGUAAAUGGAACAGUGGUGGACCGCAUGUCCUUCCCCUGCGGCUGCACCAAGGAAGGCUGCAGCAACGGCUCAGGGAGGCUGGAGUUCAAUCCGGUCCGAGUGCGCACCCACUUCCUGCACACCAUCAUGAAGCUGGAGCUGGAGAAGGGCCGUGAGGAGCAGUUUCAGCAUCAGCAGACCGAGCAGCAGCAGCUCGUUACCAACGGCAACGGUUACCAUAGCAACUCCACCUUCCUCCAACAGCAGCCGCUGAACCCUCAAACCCUGCUGCAAGAACCCACCAUGCACCUCCAGAAUGACAUGGAAAUGAAGGAAGAGGAGGAAGAGGAUGAGGAAGACGAUGAAGAAGAAGAAGAAGAAGAGGAUGAGGAGGACGAAGCUUAUGACGAAGAUGGCAGCAGCAUUUGCAGCGGGCUGUCGGACUGUAGCACACACAGCCUGGAAACCCUCAACCCAGAGGAGGAGGAAGAAGACGAGGAAGAGGAUGAGGAGGAGGAUGAGGAAGAUGAUGAAGAAGAGGAAGAUUGGGACUGUUCACUGCACGGGCAGAGUCCGCCGCCUUACCCAGUCCCACUCCCGUCUGUCAUGAGUUACUCUAACAGCACACUGGUGAGCCUCAGCGGCUCCUUCCACAACAACCCCCCCAUGCAGCACUAUCAGACAGAAGGCCCUGUGGGCGACACCCCCGCCUUCCUCAGUGAAAACCCAAACCUCACCCCUAACCUCACCCCCAUGCUCCCCUCAGUAGAGUCCGCUCUGGAGUCUGAAAUCAGUAAAGAACUCCAGCUCCAGACUGUUCCAAGCCACUUCUCUGAGUCCACGCCACUCCGCUCACACGUCGGCGCUCGUGAGUUUAACACCGCCCCUGAUGGUGUUUCCGACAAGUUCCCAAACCAAAAUGACACACAGAGGGAAAAGACGAGAGAAGGGCAACAGGAAGAUACUAAUCCAACGACAUCGACGGGAAGCGUCUGAUGGUCGAAAAACAGAGUAGUUGAUACCUAGAAGUCUUUAGUCCAGAAAACAACUGUUAAAGUGCACUUGGAAAUAAGAGAGAGUUUACCGAACUGCGGUGGGAUUGUCGUUUGGGACAAAACAUUUCAAAACUAGAAACUAAGAUUUAAGUCCUGGUGUAAAGUCGUCGGUCGUCACUGCAUGUUCACUUCCUGUGGUCGGCAUCUGUGACGAAUCCCAGCACGAUUCCGAGGUGCUCGUCUGCUUUCAUAGUUUACUUUUCCUUCGUGCUGUUGUUGCUGCUGCUUUUUCUUUAUCUUCAUUGCAUGUGUUCUGUUAACUGGAUCUGUUUCACAGCUAGCCCUGCCUGUACAGCCGAAAUGACGACACACGAAUAAACUUUUAGCAUUGACGCGUAAAUCAGAUUUGCGUCACAGUGCUUUCUUUUUCAAUUUUUAGCGGUAUGGCUGUCUGUUAUGAGUUCUGUGGUUUAAUGAUCAUUUACUUUGGUACAGCCAUAAUAAAUAUUUCUAUCUUCAA